AAUUAGACUUUAAAAAAAAGCUAUAUACGUCUACAUCUAACUGCACAUUACGCAUUUUUUGUUUUUUUUUUUAUUCCGAGAAAACAAGAUAUCCGUGACCAAUUUUAAUUGCUCGUAAUCAUGAUAUUUAAAAUAAAAUAAAAUUGAAAGUCCAGUAAAAUGGAUCUGAUACAAUUAGCGUAUGAGAUUCUGUGAAAUCAUUCCAUUAUUCUACAAAUAGAGAUACAGAGGUAGACGAUUAUAUAUAAAUAAUCCUGUUGACAAUUGGUACACUGGGUAGAUUGCAAAGUUGCAGAGUUGCAGAGCUCGAAAACAUGGUUGGGUUUCGAGUGACGACGACGUAUCGUUGACCGAGUUUCCCAUGAAUUUUGCAAUGCGUAGACCUCUUAUUUGUAAAUUAUCGACGAAACAUUUAACGCUAUGUCAAAGCUCGAACGUGUAUUCCACAGGUUGCGUCGUAAUUAAUAGAUCGAUGACUUAUUCGACUUCUAUAUGAACGCUUUAGAGGUGCAAAUUGCACAUUGCAAUAUGAGUGAAUAUCUGCUACUGAUCACUGUUCUCGCAAUUUUUAUUACAAAUUUAUCACAUGCUCAGGAUGCGGACCAAGGAACGAUCGUUUUCGCGAAUAUCUUGUACAGACACGGGGACAGGACGCCUGUAAGAUCGUACCCGAAUGAUCCUUAUAACGAUGAGAGUCUAUGGCCUGUUCCAUAUGGUCAACUGACCAACCUUGGAAAACAUCAACAUUUAAUACUGGGUCGUUGGUUCCGGAAACGCUAUUCUCAUCUACUCAACGACACGUACUCCCCGUAUGAUAUUUAUAUCCAAAGCACGGACGUCGAUCGUACUCUGAUGUCAGCAGAAGCCCAGUUGGCUGGACUCUAUCCACCUACGGGUAAGCAAGUAUGGGACAAAAUCAAAUGGAUGCCGAUUCCUGUGCAUACUAUUCCCGAGGAUAAGGACUACGUCCUGGCCGGCAGAAAGUAUUGCCCUAAAUACAACUACGAGCUGGGAAAAGUGCUCAAUUCCCCGACGUUUAAAAAGGUCGAUAAAGAGAAUAAACAGUUGUAUGAAUAUCUGACCGAGAAGUCAGGGAAUAAGAUUUCAUCCCUCAGGACCGUCGAACAACUUUACAACACUUUAUUCAUCGAAAAUAUUUAUAAUAAAACCUUACCCGAAUGGACGAAAUCUGUAUUCCCGGAUGUACUUAAGCCGCUCGCUGCGAAAAGUUUCACGACCAACGCUUACAAUAAAAUACUUCAAAGACUAAAGUCGGGAUCGUUGCUGGGUGAGAUGAUAGAUCAUAUGGAGAAAAAAUCAAAAAACGCUUUGGUACCAGAUAGAAAAGUGUGGAUGUACAGUGCACACGAUGAAACGGUAGCGAACAUGUUGAUGACUCUGAACGUCUUCGAUCCUCAUUGUCCACCGUACACCGCUGCGAUUCUGGUCGAGCUCAGAGCGAAUCCAAAGAAUCAGUAUUUCGUAACGGUCUCUUAUAAGAACUCGAGCGAUGAACCACUACUUUUAACGCUUCCUGGUUGCAUGGCACUCUGUCCGCUGGAUGAAUUUAUCACCCUAACGAAGGACGUGAUACCCGUGGACUGGGAAAAGGAAUGCGCGAUGACUUGGGGACAAGCCGUGUACAGCAUGAACGCGACGGCAGUUAUCGCGAUACUGACAUCCUCGAUACUGAUGUUGGUCCUGUUAAUUCUAUCUAUAAUUGGAUUUAUCUAUUGGCACUACAAACGAGAACAUAAUCAGUAUUACCUUCGACUAACGACGGACCCUAUAUAAUAUGUAAUUGAUAUUAUACGUAUUUCUAUUUUAA